GCUUCAAUAUCCCGCGGAUAUCCUCAUUUGUAUUGGUCAUAAAUGCUAUGAAUCACGAAUGGUUGAUAUUUGAAAACUAACCUUUACAGACGUAUUUCUAGAAAAGAAAUAGAUAAGAUACAUAACAUAUGUCAAGAGUAGACAAGUACCCUUAUUCAUAAACUUCUUACGUAUCCUUCCUACGUAUUUUUUUUACGUGUCUUAUAGAGAGACCAAUUCCAUACAACACAGAACAAACCUAACCAACGAAAUCAUUUUCAAACUUAUUUUUAUUAAUAUGAUAGAUCCUUUGAUGUAUAUGUUGAAAGAUCCAGAGGGUGAUUUUAAUUUUGCAAAUUUUCGUGCAAUGUGUUCAUUAGUUUUUAAGGAUGAUGAUAUUCGAAAAGAUGAAUGGAGGAUUCGAGAGAUUUUCGACUUAUUUGAUUUAGAUAAAGACGGCGUGUUGAAGGAAGAAGAAUUAACGAGAUUUGGUGAAUGGACAAGAAAAUUAAGCAUGCCUAAAACCGCUUUUUUAAUAGUAGACGUUCAAAAUGAUUUUAUUGAUGGAUCUUUGUCUCUUCGUAUUUGCGAAGCCAAACAGGAUGGAGCUGAUGUGGUGGAACCAAUUAAUAAUUUGUUGAAAAAUGGAUCUUUCAAUAAAAUUAUUUACUCGUUAGAUUGGCAUCCGGAAAAUCAUAUCAGCUUUUAUGAAAACUUACAUUUACGGGAAUUAUGUCCUAAUUCAAAGGUGAAAAAAGAAGAUGCUAAGUUAUUUGAUACAGUCAUAUUUGCGGAUCCUUAUCUGGAACAGAUUCUUUGGCCUAAACAUUGUGUGAUGAACACAUGGGGAGCAGAAUUACACAAAGAUCUUGUGAUUGCACCAGGUUCCAUACAGAUACGUAAGGGUCAAAACCCGGAUAUGGAAGCUUAUUCCGUAUUUUUCGAUAAUAAUUUUAAGGGAUCAAUGGAAUUGCACACAAUUUUAAAAAAAGAGGGUGUGGACUAUGUUUUCGUAUGUGGUCUCGCUUACGACAUUUGUGUAAAAGCCACAUGUUUAGACGGUCUUCGGUUAGGGUAUGCGAUAGCUAUAGUCGACGACUGUUGUCGUGGUGUUGCAGAACCUGAUACUGAAGAGACUAAAAAAUUAAUUCUUGAGAAUGGUGGUCUGAUUACUAACAGUAACGACGUUAUUGCAAUGACAAAUGAAGGAAAAAAGAAUCUCGUCUUGGCCCACAAAAUUGCAAAGUCUAUGACUUUAAUUGGAAAUUCUGCGGAACCGGAAAGAUAAUAUUUUAUAAUUGACCGAGGAAAGCACAGGCUGUUUCGGAAACAAGGAAAUGUUGUUUCAUACGAGAUUGAUUAAUCAUUCCUAAUUUAUUGUACUUACAUAAUUUGCAUUAUUUAUAAUAUUAUUUGAACUUAAUGUACCAAUGUACAAAGAGAAACGGUGGAUGGUUAUAAAAAUGUAUGUACUUAAGAUAUGUAUUACGUCCAGUGGCAUUUGUAUUUUACCGUUAGGGCUCUUAAUUGUUAUAAAAUAUAUUCAAGUCGAGACGGUUGUUGUUCUUCUUUGACUUCUAUGGUUAUUUAUUUUGGUCUUCAUGGUUAUUGUUUCAUCAUGUAAAAUAUGGGAAUGUCGGACUUUCCCAUGUUCAAUGGUUAUUUCCACUUGUAAGCGAUCAGUGGUGGGGCAACCAACACCCAGCAAUAGUUUUCCUCUGUGACAGCAUCGUCACCGAACUUCAUUGGUUUAUCUGCUCUAGAUCAGUCAACUGUGGACUGGUUUUUCGUCUGUUGAUCAGUCGAUGAUCAGACUGGUUUUUGUUCAAUGAUCAGUCAUCAGUUGUAACUUACUAUUUACACGUCUAUGAGAAUACGUCUGUACGCAAAUUGCAUAAUUAUUUAUAUCUACAAAGUUGUUGGAAUAAAGUAUAUAUUAUAAUCUGUUA